AUGUUAUCUUCUUCUUCGAUCGAAAACAACAAAUUCCACUUCUCCAAAUUCUAUUCAGGUGAAUUUGAAAAAGUCACUGAACACAUCUAUCGACUCAACAUUCCGUAUGCUAUUGCCGACAAGUUUCUUCCAAAAUUCACCAUUCCAGUCAGUGUUUUUCUUGUGCAUGAUUCUGCUCAAUCCCGAUACUCAUUGAUUGAUGUUGGUCCUCCAGGCUACGAAGAGAUGGUCAUGAAAGGACUCGCCAAAUUCUUUGAUCAUGAUUCACAACACGAAGACCACAAGAAUCAAAGAAACGCACUUUCCGAGAUUGAUCAUGUGCUCAUUACUCAUUUUCAUAUUGACCAUUGCGGAGGAGUGAGGAAAUUGUGGGAAUGUUCGGAACAAUCUCUGAAUGUUUAUUCUCAUUCCGAAGAUUUGGAAUACAUUCGAGAUGGAAAGAAAUUUAAGGAACAGAAAUCCGAGUAUUGGCUUUUUGGAAUGACCAAGUAUUUGUUUAGUGAUCCAAAGAUGGAAGUGCCCUGUCAAACGUUUAAUGUCAUUAUGAAUUCAAAAGAAGAUACUGUUCGUUCGAAUUUAAAAGAAGAGAGGUCAAAUAAUCCUACGAAUGAUGGAAGUGCACAGAACAAUGAAUUACAUCAGAAAAGUAUUCAGUAUUCGGAACAGGUGAAUUCAAUGGAGGAACAGUCACCAUCGAACACACAUCGCCAUUGUUUAUGCGCUUGUCAUUGUCCUGGACAUACAGCUGGUCACACUUGUUUUUAUCAUGAAGAAGAUCGAGUACUGCUCUGUGGAGAUGCCUUACAAAAUCUUUCAAAAAAGAAAAGCAAGUUGGAAUAUUCCUAUGCCCCUUCGUCGUUUAAUAUUUCGCUGGCAAAACAAAAUAUCAAGCGAUUGAUCCGUGACAUGUCAAAAGAGAUUGAUCUGAUUUUACCAAGUCAUAGCUAUUCAAUGAAUGGUCACACUAUUGAAGAGGUAUUGAAAUUUGUGAAUAAAUAG